GACCCUAGCGAGGCAUUGCAGUUCAAUCAGUGGAGCUGCGCAGCAAACUUGCCCUUCCUUGCCUUUGUACCCUCGUCAUCAGGCGACGAUGGCCUCCUCUUCAUCUCAGCCGCAGCGAUCACUCAUCGAUAAAGUCCUGCACCCGCUGGCAUCCAGCGACGAUGAGCAGUCAGCCGGCUCGUCGAAGCGCAACUCGAAGCGCUUCUCGUUACCCUCGAUUGGUAACAUCUUUCGCGGCGACAAGCCGAGAAGGGGUAGCAGCGCAGAGCACGAGGACGAGGAUCAUGACCAGCAAGAGGAGCAAGACGAUCAACAAGCUCUGGCCCACGCUCGCAGCCCAGACCUCGUUGGCCCCCUCACUCCUAGCCUCAAUCCUCCGCGCCCACCCGCACUAGCAGGCAUGGACCAAAACGAGGCGCCUUUAGCUAGGCAGCGAUCGCGCUCAGCUCCAAACGCAGAGCGACCAUUAUUGAUGCAACCCCCCUGCUCCUCCUCCUCUCAAGCCCCAACACCCAUGCCAGCCCUCGCCGUCGCCCCAGACAUAUCGCGCACGCUCUCCAACUUGUCGACCUCGACCCUUCACACCACGCUCUACGGACCACAGCGCCUGGACGACGUGCCCUACUCAUAUCGCGUGCCUACGCCCAAGCAGGCAUUCUACGACUCACACAUGGGAAGCUCAAGUGGCUGGCAUUCAGUAAAGGGAAGGGCGGCCGGGCUGCUGAACAUCAAGGUGCCCUGGCUCGAUACCAAGCCCAACGAGGCAGGUGUAGAGUCUGCUGUUGCGGAUUCGAGCGAUGACGAGCCGAGGAGGACUACAAGAGACGAGCCAAAUGGGCGACGCUCCUCGUCAAGCCUUUUCGGACUAGACUCGCUCGGUCUAUCCCUCAUCUCCAAUGUUCUCCCCAGCUUCAGCCCAGCGCCUGCCACCUCAUCCCAAUCACGCCCUCCGCUUGCGGACCUGGACCUCAUUCCCCACGUAGGUCCCCGUCACCCACGCGCUCGCGACUUCUAUCGCCACCCUUCUCUUCGCGGCCGCAACGUCGUGAUUCUGGGCGGGUAUCGCGGCUCCGUACUCCGAUCAGCGACCCCACCGCAUCAAAUGCUGUGGAUCCCGCUCAAGGUCGGUGCCACCCUACGUCGCCCUACCCUUGAGCUCGGCUUAGACCCGGAGGACGAGGCUCGCGCUGAGGACAAGGUCAUUGCGGGCGAAACGUUGGGCCGCAUCGGUAGACUUGUGGACAUGGGUGCUCGCCUACACUCCAAGUUCGAGCGCAAAGGCGCAACGGUCCACUCGUGGGGCUACGAUUGGCGCCUAUCCCUCGGUCGCUCCUCUGCCAAGUUGCAAGCCUUGCUCCUGGACCUUUACAACUCCUCCGCCCCGCCAGAUCGCCCGCAAGAUCGACGCGGCGCCAUCGUCAUUGCGCACAGCAUGGGCGGCCUUGUCGCCCUCCACUCCCUCUCCCAGAUCAGUGACCCACGCGCAUUCCACACGCUCAGCUUCGCCUCCUCCCCCUUCCUGGGCACGCCAAACAUCCUUGGCCCGCUCGCAUGGGGCGAUACGACAUUGUGGAACGACACGAUCUGCUCGCCCAGGUCGACGUUCAGCUUUCGGUCGAGCUUUUACUUGUUGCCUAGGGAUGGACGUUGUUUCGAGGUUGGAAGAGGUGAGAAUGGAAAGGAGGGAAAGACGUAUGAUGUCGAUUUCUUGGAUGAGAAGACGUGGGAGUGGGCGGGCUUUAGUCCAGUGAUCAAGGGGACUAGAAAGUGGAAGGAGGGGCAGAACGGCGCUGAGUCGGAAAACAAGUCGGCCGCCGCGAAGCAGCCGCCACCCUCAACAGUAGCCUCACCCAAUGGCGAGGGCGACGCCGACCCUGCGUCCUCGGACGACGAGCAUAGCAGCCGCGUCUGGUCGUACCUCCGCCGUACGCUGGCCGAAGUCCGGCAAUUCGACCAAGAAAUCAUCUCAGGCUUCUCCUCCGAGCGCCUGGCCCGCGGCGAGUACCCACCCCUCACGAUGAUCACCUCUGGCCGAUCGCCAACAACGCGUGGCGCCAUUGUGGAUGACGACGAGGUAGCGGAUGGGGAGGCGGCCGCAGAUGCACUUGCAGCUGGUACGGCGGCAGACACUACUGGCGGGCCUGUCAACCCUUCCUCGUCGCGCGCAGCGUGGCAACGCAGCGUGACGUCGUCCAACUACGAGCGCAUGGUCUUUGGGUUGGGCGAUGGUGUCAUCACCCUCCAAUCGUCGCGCUCCGUUCCCGGUCGCUGGUCCGAGUUGCUUGUGCGGGACGAUGAGGAAGAGGGAAAGGAUGCGUGGAUCACGCAGACUGGUCAUAGACACGUUGCCUUGCUGAGCGAUGUCGAUGGGGUAGGUAGAGCCGUUUGGGUUGGGCUGCGAGCAAGGGAAAGGGCCCGGAGGAGGGAGUAGACGGUCGGACGUGGUCUUGCUGUAGCAUAGCAUAUAUCCUGCGAUUACCGAUAUGUAGAUGUGGUGGACAAGCUUUGAAUAGCAUUUCGCGCAUUGGGCUCGCCUCUACUGCCCAUCAA